AUGGCGAGAAUGCCUGGCAGCGGGCAUCAGUGCUGUAGCGAUGAGGCCAGCCAGGGGUCGGAGGAGGAAAGAGAGAGAGGUGUAGAAGAUGAGGACAUCCAGGAGAUCCAGAUUAUGGGAGAUGAGGAAGAGGAGGAUGAGUGUGGGGAUUGCGGGGAUCUAGAGAGUUGUACAGAAACGGUCCUUAUGCGGAAUAGAGACCAGCUGAUGGAGCGGGAUGCUGAUGAGGAAGAUACAGCACAUUUGUCCGUGUCGGAUCGCUCCAGGCUGAGUGAGAACACCCGACUGGCUACUCGUUACGCAGUCCGGAUCUUCAGGGAAUACCUAAGCGAGACAGCACAGGUUACCAACUUUGAAAGCAUGGACAAGCAUGCGCUGUGCAGGGUCCUGCGCGCGUUUUAUUCAGAGGCGCGCUCCAAAAGCGGUCAACUGUACAGCAAGUCAUCUCUCAUCAGCAUCCGCAGCUCACUCAAUCGCUAUCUAAACGAACCCCCUUUCUGCCGCACACUCGAUCUAACUAAAGACCCAGAGCUGCGCAGUGCCAACCUGGCUUUGGCAGCUGUGAUCCGCAAAUUAGAAGAGCAAGGCGCCGGGCCGGUGGUCCAAAAACAAGCCAUUACGCGCUCCGACCUGCGCAGGUUAUACGCAUCACCUGCGUUCAGCGUGAAUUCUCCAUUCGGUCUUCUUAAUAAAGUGUGGUUUGAGACUUGCAUGUAUUUUUGCACCAGAGGACGCGAGAACCAGCGCGAACUCCAGGAGGACUCGUUCGGACUCGCUACAGAUGAGGACGGGAGAAAUUUCGUCUACCACAAGAGAUCCAGAAAGAGAUCAGACACGGAGGAAAACCUGGCGCGUAUGUACGAAACUGGCACGGAGUUUUGCCCCUACGCGAGUUUUGUCAAGUAUCUCUCAAAGCGCAACCCCGCCUGCAGGGCAUUUUUCCAGCGCCCGCGGGACCACUGUGCAGAAAGUGACGCCACCUGGUACGAGAACAAAGCCGUGGGUAAAAACCUGCUGGGUACCAGGAUGCAAAUGCUGUCGCGCAUGGCAAAGCUCUCAAAGAUCUAUACCAAUCAUUGCAUUGGCGCAGUCUCUAUCGCGACUUUGCACAGCGUCGCUGGUAUCGGCUCCAAACUUGCGCCUUUACAAGUGGAAACGGUUAACGGAAGCCAGCGGACGCGACCACCGCGAAUCACAGAGGACUCAUCUGAAACCGAGGCGCGCAAAUUGGGAAAACCAUGCAAACGCCAACGUGCGCAGAUCUAUCCAGCACCAGCAGUGGAAACAUCAUCCAAAAGACUCUGCGUACAUCCGGCUACAAAGCGCGUUCAUCCUCCAGGAACCAUCACUGUCAGCACUGAGCACCCGGAGCAUAACGGACAGCCAACACUCCUGCCCACCCAGGAGUAUCGCAACAGCGUGCCAAUGUCGACUCGGCCAUUAUUGGCACACUCACCGGCCUCCCCACUUAGUACAGCUGGCAUUCCCACACCAGCCCAGCUGACUAAAGCCAAUGCACCAGUGCACAUAGAUGUAGGUGGACAAAUGUACACCAGCAGUCUCGCCACACUCACCAAAUAUCCUGAGUCGAGGAUUGGUCGCUUGUUUGAUGGCACAGAGCCAAUAGUGCUGGACAGUCUGAAGCAGCAUUAUUUUAUAGAUCGUGAUGGUCACAUGUUCCGAUAUAUCCUCAACUUCCUUAGGACAUCGAAGCUGCUCAUUCCAGAUGACUUUAAGGAUUACUUUCUGCUAUAUGAAGAGGCACUUUUUUUCCAGCUGCAGCCAUUGCAGGCUGAACUGGAACGCUGGCGUUCUGAGCGAGAUUCAGGCUUUGUGUCACGGCCAUGCGAGUGUGUGGUGAUGCGUGUGGCUCCUGAACUGGGGGAGAGGAUCACGCUGAGCGGGGAUAAGGCUCUUAUAGAGGAGAUCUUUCCUGAGAUUGGGGACGUCUUGUGCAACUCUGUCAAUGCAGGAUGGAAUCACAACUCCACUCACAUUAUACGGUUCCCACUUAACGGAUACUGCAAGCUCAACUCCGUACAGGUUUUGGAGCGGCUCCAGCAGAAUGGAUUUGAGAUUACUGCCUCAUGUGGAGGUGGUGUGGACUCUUCUCAGUUCAGCGAGUACGUUCUGCGCAGAGAGGUCAAGCGAAAUCUGAGCGGGGUCACGACGUCUGUCAUCCGAAUCAAACAGGAACCACUGGACUAGCAUUAAACACACUGAGUAUAUACAAUGAUCAACUUUUAUAAAUUAUAAAGCACAUAUAUUAGAGUAAAUCUAAUAGAUCUGUAAGAUUAAUCUGCAGC